CCAAGUUCAACAAGUAUUAAUUUAAUGGCUGAUGUAAGUCGCCGAUUACGACGAAGAAAAAAAAUCUAUGAUCGACUUCGUAAAAUAAAUAAUAUUAUGUGUUUUCUUGGUCUUUUGGGUGUCUUUCUUAUGAUCAUCGAAAAUGAGAUUAAUUUUAUGAAUGUAUAUAAAAAAGAUCUAAUGAUUAAUUGGAUUACAAAAUUAAUAAUUACAAUUACAACAGUCAUUCUUGUUGGUCUUGUAUUUUAUUAUCAUUAUUUGGAUUUAAAUCUUUAUUCUGUUAAUAAUGUAAUUGAUAAUUGGUUUACUGGUUUAACAAACAAAAAAAUAUUUUUUAUUCUAUUUGAAGUAUUCAUUUGUUUUAUACAUCCUAUUCCUCGAUCUUUUCCUCUUAAUUGGAGUUUACAACAUGAUAAUUUAACAAUAUCUGAUUCAUCUAAAACAACUUCUAUAUCUUCAUCUCCUAUAGAGAUCGAUGUUGUACUUGGUUUGCCAAUGUUUGGUCGUUUUUAUUUGGUAUGUUGUUUUAUUUUAUUUCAUUCUUAUUUAUUUCGUGAUGCAUCAUCACAAUCAUUGGAUUAUCUUAAUGAAGUAUCAAUGGAUUUUUUCUUUCUUAUUAAAACAUAUCUUGAACAAUGGCCAGUACAUUGCUUAUUAUUAUUUUGUGGACUUUUCUUUUCUAUUGGUAGUUGGUCAUUACGAGCAUGUAAUUAUACAAUAACAACAGAACAUUUAUCUAUUCUUGAUUCAAUGUGGUUAUUUAUUGUUACGUUUACCACUAUUGGUUAUGGAGAUUUAACACCAUCGACUAAAUUGUGGACGAAUGCUCUUCUUAUUUCUGUUCUAGCACAAAAACUUAAGUUAACUCGAUCAGAAAAAUACGUACAUAGUUUUGUAUUAGAUAUUGAAUUGGCAAAAAAACGUAAACAUCAAGCAGCUAAUGUCAUUAAAUUUGCAAUAAAAAUUUGGUAUUUAAAACGAAAACAUCGAUCUACAUCGACUGAAUAUAUCAAAGUACAACGAAGAUUAAUAGGCGUGUUAGAUGAGAAAGUUGGUCUAGGUUAA